GAGACCUGCAGUGAGGGCAGACCUCAACAACAGCUUAACAACACCAAGUGCUCUCAGCAGGGAACCGUGGACGUCCUCAAGAGGAGGUGUGAUGGGAGGAAAGUGUGUGAACUGAGCGUGACUGACGUCCAAAGUCCUGACCCUUGUGUCGACACCUACAAAUAUCUGGAGACCAGCUACACCUGCUUACCUGCAAGUCACCUGGUCACAUGCGAGCACUCGUUUGCACACCUGCACUGUGGUGAAGGGCAGGCUAUCCUCGUGUACGGGGCUCACUAUGGACGCCACGAUCAGACCACAUGCUCCUACAGACGUCCGGCCUCUCAGGUCCAAGAUGUUUACUGCUCCCGUCCCACCAGCAAAGUCGCUGAGAGCUGCAACGGGAAGAGCAGCUGCACCAUCAGAGCGAGUAACUCGGUGUUUGGAGACCCCUGUGUUGGCACAUACAAAUACCUCGAGGUGGCUUACAUCUGUCAGUAUCUAACAUGCUUUUGGGCCCAAGGUGGUACUAUGGGCCCAGGUGGUCUUAUGGCCCCAGGUGGACCUAUGGGCCCAGGUGGACCUAUGGGCCCAGGUGGACCUAUGGGCCCAUUCCCACUGACCUUCAUGUCCACAGCGAGGGUGAUCACCUGUGACAGCCUUGACAAUGUGCAACGCCUGAGCUGUGAUAAUGGAGUGAUCAUCGUGCAGGCAGCUACGUACGGGCGGACAGAUGCAGAAAUCUGCAGUGAUGGCAUUCCUGCAGAUCAGCUUGCAAAUACACAGUGUUUCCACAUAGACACUCUGAAAGACGUCAAGAGCAGGUGUGAUGGCAAGAAGGUGUGUGAAAUAAGUACAAACUCCUUCCGUACUUCUGAUCCGUGCUCCGGCAUUUACAAAUACUUGGACACCACCUACACCUGCUUCCCAGCAAUCCACAGUGUAACUUGUGACGAUUCGCUGGCAAACCUCCAGUGCGGUGAAGGACAGGUUUUACUCAUCCACGGAGCUGAUUAUGGGCGCCGUGACUCAACCACAUGCUCUUUGAAUCUUCCAGCCUCUCAGCUCCAAAAUGUCCAAUGCUCAAAGCCCAUAAGCAACUUAGCUGACAGCUGUAACGGGAAAAGCAACUGUACUGUCAAAGUGAGCAGCUCUGUGUUUGGAGACCCGUGUUUUGGCACCUACAAGUACCUGGAGAUGGCUUAUAGCUGUCACUUUGGUUUUCCAGAUCACUGA